UGCCACAUGGCCCGUCGAUUGCCGUAAGACUCUGCGCUUAACUGGCGGAGAAUACGACUCUUGCGGUCUAGCCGGGCCACUCGAUCCGCCCUGCUCACCCUCCUCCAGCCGUCGACGGUGGACGCCGCCGCCUCUAGUUCGCUUGGUGCAGGUCGGGGCCGCCCGGAUCCGCCCACGGACGGGCCGGAUCCCGCCUUGCACCAACUGAAUCGGAGCCGGAGGGCGACCAUCUAUCUCGACCUUCCGCGGCUCCGCGUCGCGGGAUCUCCUCUCCCGAAAGAUCCAAUCGCGAGUCUUUUCUUUGCUUACCGUAUGCUUUCUUUCUGUUCCUCGUGCCGAUCUCUCUACUCGUGAAAGGUCAGAUUGUUUUACCGGAUUUGGGUCUUUCUCGAACAAUAUGUUGCUUAAACCGUGGAAAGCAUCUUCGAAAGUUGUAAUCUUUACCAACGUUUGGACUGGAGUGGAAUCUGGGUAUCCGUGACAGACAAGUUUGAGUUUGAUUCCAGUUCAGCAGAUUGAAUAGUUGCUAAUCUCCUUAGCCACCUUCAACAGACUCGAGUUCUUCCAUCUGUUCCUCUCUUCCCCUUUUGCUUCUGAGUUGACAAAGUAAUUGUAUUCUAGUGCAGUCUUGCCUUCGAACUUAUAAGUUUCUGCUAGAACAGUUCCUGUUCAUUGAUGCAGCUGCACACAAGAUGAUCUCAAUUCCUGGUUGAAGUUAAAAAAAGAUAUUUAGCUUCCGGUGCUGCCAAUUGUUGCCGCGUGUAAGCUGUUCACUGGCUUCAAGGUAACAUAUUUCUUUAUCUCUUCCCCAUCCCCCUCUCUCUCUCAGUUCUUUUGCCCUCGACUGCACCAUGGGUCAGCUCUUCUCCUCCAUCGGAGGCAAGUUCCAACGAGCAGGAGCAGGAGCAGGGAACGGAUGGCGCGAGAGGCAGCUGAGGAAGAUUGCUGAUGAGGCCUUCGACCGCAUCAGAACCGAUUCGCACGACGACCGGCUCACCUUCCAAGACCUAUACAUCGCCGUCCUCUACGCCUACAAUGACAUCAACAAGUUCCUCCCGGGGCCUCACAACGACCCCCCCUCGAAGGAGAAGCUGAAAGCAAUGAUGGAGGAGUACGACAUCAACCUGGACGGCUUGCUCGACCGCGAGGAGUUCGCAGAGCUGAUGAGGAAGCUUACGGCCGAUACCGUGAGGUCGGUGGGGCAAAAUCUACUGAUUGGACUGGUGUUGGUGCCGACAAUAGCGCUGCUGGCCAAGAGGGCCACCGAGGGGUUUCCGGUCGUGGGCAAGGUGGCGCAGAGAACGCCCAAUUUUGUGUAUGCCUCCAUUGUCGCUCUUGGAGUUGUGCUGGUCCAAAAGCCAAACUGCUGAUCCAGUGAUCUGUAGCAUGUUGGCACACACUCACGUUUGAUUCUUAGCAGCAGAAAUGAGUCUUUCUGUGAGUGAUUGCUGGCUUAUAGUGCUCCCAACUAUGUGUUAAAACAGAGUUAUGCUUGUUGCUCAGCUAAUAUUACAUUUAACAGAGGGUUGGGAGAGGAUUUAGUUGGCAAGAGAUAUCUGGGAUUGGCUUCAUGAAUCAUGGUUAGUAAAAUAACAAGAAUGUGAUGCAUGGUUAGACAAGUUUCAAU